AUGUCAAGCAGCCUCGGUGAGUCUCCAACAUCAGCAAGUGAAAACAUAGGAGAUCUAGCCAUUGAGGUUGCAGAGAGUCCUAAUCCAAAAUAUGAACGCAUUGUAGCUUAUUUUGAGUACCUCAAGUCUGAUAUUAAAUUGGUUACUAGAAACACAGUGAAGGCUGAUAUCUUGAAAAUUGCAAAUGAUUUGUCAGUGGAGUUGUUGCUCACACAAAUGAAUAUGAAUAAUUCACUUCUUUCUAAUGGUGAAUUCUUUCAUAUCCGUUGUUGUGCACAUAUAGUCAAUUUGGUUGUUCAAGAUGGUUUGAGGAAUACUGAGCAAUCUGUUGUGAAGAUUCGUGAUAGUGUCAAAUAUGUGCGAGGUUCACAAACAAGGAAGCAAAAUUUUCUGGAAUGUGUCAGCAAAGUUGGUUUGGAUCGUAAGAGAGGUUUGAGGCAAGAUGUGACUACUAGGUGGAAUUCAACCUUUUUUAUGCUUGAUAAUGCAUUAUAUUACAAGAAAGCUUUCAUGCAUUUUCAACUAUGUGAUUCCAACUAUAAGUCUUGUCCUUCAUUAGAAGAAUGGGUCAAAAUUGAGAAGAUUUGUGGUUUCUUGAGCUUGUUUUAUGACGUCUCUAAUUUGUUUUCUGGAAGCAGCUACCCUACAUAUAAUCUGUAUUUCCGUCCAGUUGUUAUGUGCUAUAGUUCAUUGAGACAACAUCAAAACAGUUCAGAUCCGUACCUCAAAAAAAUGGCUGAAUUGAUGCUACCAAAGUUUGAGAAGUAUUGGUCAGAUUUCAGUAUGGUCUUGACUAUAGCUGUAGUCUUUGAUCCACGCUAUAAGCUUCAAUUUGUGGACUUCUUUUAUAAGAAGCUAUAUGGCCCCAACUCUCGUCAGUUUUCUUCGGUGAAAGAGAAAUUGUUUUCAUUGUUUGAAGAUUAUUGCAAGUUCUACAAUGACAAAUUUGAUAUUGAUAAAAAUGAGAAUUCUACUGCUAGUGGACAGAAUUGUGACUUCACAAAUGCUGAUUUAAUGGCAGUGGUGGAGGAGUUCAAUUCAUUGGAUGUUAAGUUUGGAUUGAGCCAACAAAAAUCCCAAUUAGAGUUGUACAUGGAAGAGAAAAGAUUGAAUGUCAAAUCCAAUCUUGAUAUACUUAACUAUUGGAAAGGAUCACAAUUCAAGUAUCCACAUGUUGCUUGCAUGGCUCGUGACAUUUUGAGCAUUCCCAUAACUAUUGUUGCUUCUAAAUCUGUGUUUAGUGUUGGUGGAAGAGUUCUUGACCAAUAUCGUAGUUCACUCAAGCCAAGCAAUGCGGAGGCAAUAAUUUGCACUAGAGAUUGGUUGUUUGGAAAAAAAGGUAUUAAAGGAGAAAUACCAACAAAUGACUUAGCCGAGGACUGUUUAAAUGUUGAUGAUGAAGCUCAUUGUGGAAGCUCCACAACCUAA